ACUUAUUCGGGUUGUUGAAAUACUAUAAGCUCAACUAGGCAGCUGUGAUACUUUACUGAAAGUAGGGAUUUAACUGGGUCACAAGCAAACAUGGGACGCGAAGGGGGGCAGGAGCAGAAUGAGUCUGCAGCAACAUCUGAGCAAAGUGGCAAGAAAAAGACCAAGAACAAGAAGGACAUGGAUGAACUAAAAAAAGAAGUUGAUUUGAAUGAUCACAAGCUAAGCCUAGAUGAGCUUCACCGUAAAUAUGGUACAGACAUGAGCAAGGGCCUUACAACUGCACGUGCACAAGAAAUCCUUGCCCGUGAUGGCCCUAAUGCUCUCACCCCUCCUCCUACUACACCGGAGUGGGUGAAGUUCUGUAAGCAGAUGUUUGGAGGCUUCUCCAUGCUACUGUGGACGGGUGCUGUCCUUUGCUUUUUCGCUUAUGGUAUUCAAGCCGCAAUCGACGAUGAGCCAGCUAAUGAUAACUUGUAUCUUGGAGUUGUGCUAUCUGCUGUUGUCAUCAUCACGGGUUGCUUCUCAUACUACCAAGAGGCCAAGAGCUCUAAAAUUAUGGACUCCUUCAAGAACCUGGUCCCGCAGCAAGCUCUGGUUAUCCGUGAUGGGGAGAAAAAGCAAAUUAAUGCUGAGGAUGUGGUGUUGGGGGAUCUGGUGGAGGUCAAGGGUGGUGACAGAAUACCUGCAGACGUGCGCAUCGUUUCUGCACAUGGCUGUAAGGUUGACAACUCCUCUCUCACUGGAGAGUCAGAACCUCAGACUCGUUCUCCAGAUUUUUCCAAUGAUAACCCUCUUGAGACCAGGAAUAUUGCUUUCUUCUCUACCAACUGUGUUGAAGGCACUGCCCGUGGUUUAGUCAUCAGCACUGGGGAUCGCACUGUGAUGGGCAGGAUCGCCACACUUGCCUCUGGUCUUGAGGUUGGACGCACUCCCAUCUCUCUUGAAAUUGAGCACUUCAUCGAAAUCAUAACAGGCGUGGCUGUCUUCCUUGGAGUCUCCUUCUUUGUCCUCUCCCUGGUACUGGGAUACAGCUGGCUUGAAGCAGUCAUCUUUCUCAUUGGAAUCAUUGUUGCAAAUGUGCCUGAAGGUCUUCUUGCUACUGUCACUGUGUGUCUCACACUGACAGCUAAACGCAUGGCCAAGAAAAACUGCUUGGUAAAGAACCUCGAGGCUGUGGAAACCCUGGGCUCUACGUCCACCAUUUGCUCGGACAAGACAGGAACCCUGACCCAGAACCGCAUGACUGUGGCCCACAUGUGGUUUGACAAUCAGAUCCAUGAAGCUGACACCACAGAAAACCAGAGUGGAGCCAGCUUUGACCGAAGCUCAGCCACCUGGACCAGCCUGGCACGCGUUGCUGGUCUUUGUAAUAGGGCUGUGUUCUUAGCGGAACAGACUGAUGUUCCUAUUCUAAAGAGAGAUGUUGCUGGAGAUGCUUCUGAGUCUGCUCUUCUAAAGUGUAUUGAACUUUGUUGUGGAUCUGUGAAAGAGAUGAGAGAUAAAUAUAAUAAAGUUGCAGAAAUUCCUUUUAACUCAACUAACAAAUACCAGCUCUCAGUGCACAAGAACCCAGAGUCUGAGUCACGAUCCAAGUACCUGCUUGUAAUGAAAGGUGCACCAGAAAGAAUUCUGGAUCGUUGCAGUAGCAUCAUGAUACAAGAGAAAGAGCAGCCUCUAGACGAUGACAUGAGAGAAGCCUUUCAGAACGCUUAUCUGGAGCUGGGAGGCCUUGGAGAAAGAGUACUGGGAUUUUGCCACCUUUUCUUACCUGAGGAGCAAUUCCCAGAGGGUUUCCAGUUUGAUACUGAUAUCGUCAAUUUCCCCACUGAGGAUCUGUGCUUUGUUGGUCUUAUGUCCAUGAUUGAUCCCCCUCGUGCUGCAGUACCAGAUGCUGUGGGCAAAUGCAGGAGUGCUGGGAUCAAGGUUAUUAUGGUCACUGGAGACCAUCCAAUUACUGCAAAGGCCAUUGCCAAAGGUGUCGGGAUUAUUUCUGAAGGCAAUGAGACUGUUGAAGACAUUGCUGCCCGUUUGAACAUUCCUGUCAAUGAGGUUGACCCAAGAGAUGCUAAAGCAUGUGUGGUCCAUGGUGGGGACCUUAAGGAUCUAAACCCAGAACAACUAGAUGACAUUCUAAAAUACCACACAGAAAUUGUGUUCGCAAGAACCUCACCUCAGCAAAAACUAAUCAUUGUGGAGGGCUGUCAGCGUCAGGGAGCCAUCGUGGCUGUUACAGGUGACGGUGUGAAUGAUUCCCCCGCGCUGAAGAAAGCCGACAUCGGGGUUGCUAUGGGCAUAGCUGGUUCUGAUGUGUCCAAACAGGCUGCUGACAUGAUCCUUCUUGAUGACAAUUUUGCAUCUAUUGUGACUGGUGUAGAGGAAGGUCGGCUGAUCUUCGACAAUCUGAAGAAGUCCAUUGCCUACACUCUGACUAGUAACAUACCUGAGAUCACACCCUUUCUGUUUUUUAUCAUUGCCAAUAUUCCUCUGCCACUUGGAACUGUCACCAUUCUGUGUAUUGACCUUGGAACAGACAUGGUUCCAGCUAUUUCCCUGGCUUAUGAAGCUGCUGAAAGUGACAUCAUGAAGAGGCAGCCCAGAAACCCCAAAACAGACAAACUAGUGAAUGAAAGGCUUAUCAGUAUUGCAUAUGGGCAAAUAGGUAUGAUACAGGCUCUAGCUGGCUUCUUCGCAUACUUUGUGAUCUUGGCUGAAAAUGGGUUCUUGCCAUCACGACUGCUUGGAAUCCGUGUGUUUUGGGAUAACAAACAUGUAAAUGAUCUUGAGGACAGUUAUGGUCAGCAGUGGACAUAUGAACAAAGAAAAAUUGUGGAGUUCACCUGCCACACUGCCUUCUUCGCCAGCAUUGUGAUUGUGCAGUGGUCUGACCUGAUCAUCUGCAAGACUAGAAGGAACUCUGUCUUUCAGCAAGGAAUGAAGAAUAAAAUCCUCAUAUUUGGACUGUUUGAGGAAACAGCUCUUGCAGCCUUCUUGUCCUAUUGCCCAGGGAUGGAUGUAGCUCUGAGAAUGUACCCACUUAAACUCAACUGGUGGUUCUGUGCUUUCCCCUAUUCUCUGCUCAUCUUUAUCUAUGAUGAAAUGAGAAAGCUCAUCCUCAGGCGUAAUCCUGGAGGUUGGGUGGAGCGUGAAACAUACUACUAGAGCAUCAACGCAAGUCGAGUUCUUUUGAUUAGUACACGCGUCUAAUUGCCCGAUUACGUCAUGCUUCCUCUCCACCAAUGCCGAUCCCUGCUCUGUUUAAGGAGAACGACGCCAACCCACGCCCCCUCCGACAAGUGGGCAGCAUGCCGUAUGCAUCUUAUCACCUACACUUUGACAAGUGCAGUGCAGCGCAGCUCAGCACUGUGUACGGAGAGACCCAUUUAUUUUCUUUUUGGCUAGAUUAUAACAAUAUUUGCUUUAGAUCAGGGUUUCUUAAUUCCAGUACUAGAGAUCUGUAGUCAUUGACUCAAAGUUUGUAAAUGACUCUGAUAAAGAAUGACUGACUAAACACAUCUGUGAAUUUUAAGGUUCAUUAAGUGUGUUAAAAUUGGACAACAAAAUGUACUGGUCUACAGCCCCUGGAUUGAAACUUGGCAAUUCCAAAGCAAAUACUGUCAUGCUCUUCCUGAAAAGUAGAAAGUGUUUUUACUGCUGUUGAUGGUCUGAGUAUUAGUGUCAAUAAAAAAAACAGACACUAGUUAUAAGGACAGUU